AACAGCAUCAAGAAACUCGCUUCUAGUGAGAGAAAAUCCUCACUACGCUCACUCUCCUUCCAUUCUUCAAGUUUUAGAGAGAGAGAGAGAGAGUUGGUGUGUGCUUUGUUGUGUUGGAAGGUUUUGAUGUACUGAAACUCAAACCCCAUUCUAUUAUUGCAUCCUUUUCUUCAUUUCAUUUCAAUGCUCGGGUCUUGUUAACUUGAGGUUUUUAUGUGAUGAUAUGUGAUAUUGGGACAUGGAGAGGGUUGUGGAGCCGAAGGUACUUCCCCGGAACUUGCCUGUCCUGGUUGAGGUAUCGAAUGCACACACGGCUGCAGCAAGAGAGGCUAGUCAGAGACUGAAUCGUCAGGAGCUUUCAAGUGUUGGUGGGAUUUCAGCAAGAGAAGUGAAUCAAUUGUCCAAAACAAGUGAUGUGCCUAUGACACGUCUGGCCUCCAUCAGAGAAGUGGCUCAGUUAACGAAUGCAAGGAUUUUUUUGGUAAGAGAAGAUAUGGGAUUCGAUGCUCGAUCCUCUGAAGAAUCCCUCACCUUUGAGCCUACUACAACAUGGAAAGGAAAGGCCUCUUUAUCAGAAGAAGAAUUUUUACUGGAUGUUGAGACAUUGAAGGGAAGUAGUGAUUCUCUUGAGGAUGUUGGUCCAAGUUUAUUUGCUGGUGCUAGUCAUCCUCCCGAACCUGUUGAUACAGAUCUUAUGAGAACAGUUUAUGUACCAAUAGGUCAAAACAAAUCUGAGGCUGGAUGCUUAAUUAAGAACUUGUCCAUGAAUGGCCCUUUCCUGGAAGAUCUCUCAAUUCGUGUUCCUGGGAAGAAGCCAAGUCCAGCUGUUUUCUCGCGUGGAGAAAGUCUGGUCGAGGAGCUAAAUGACAUAGGGAACUUAUCCUCGCCGAUUUUGGGUCCUCGAGCAUCACAAAAUACUGAGAACUCUCUCCUUCCUCCAGAUUCUGAUGACAAAGAAUGUGUUUGGGAUGCUUCUUUACCUCCUAGUGGCAAUGUUAGUCCACUCAGUAGUAUUGAUAGUACCGGUGUUGUCACGGCAAUGAGCGUUGUUAAUAGUUGUGCUAGUACAUAUCGGAGUGAUGCAAUGACUAGUGAUGGCAUGCUUAGUUUAGACAGGAACUGUGAUAGUACUAAAGGAAGUGUAAGGGGCGAUUCACUAGAGAGUGCAAAAACUAGUGCUAGUCGGGCAAGUGAUAGCAGUGGUCUCAGCGAUGACAGCAACUGGAGCAACAUUACUGGUGGUGCCAAUAAGCCCCACAAAGGAAAUGAUCCUAGGUGGAAGGCUAUCCUUGCUAUCCGAUUACGGGAUGGGAUUUUGGGCAUGAGUCAUUUUAGGUUACUCAAACGACUUGGAUGUGGUGAUAUUGGAAGUGUAUAUCUCUCAGAGUUAAGUGGAACUCGGUGUAAUUUUGCAAUGAAAGUUAUGGAUAAGGCAUCUCUAGCAAGCAGAAAGAAGCUGACCAGAGCACAGACAGAGAGGGAGAUAUUGCAGUUGCUGGACCAUCCAUUUCUGCCAACUUUGUAUUCACAUUUUGAGACUGAUCGAUUCUCAUGUUUGGUAAUGGAAUAUUGUCCUGGGGGUGAUCUGCACACUUUAAGGCAGCGGCAACCUGGGAAACAUUUCUCAGAAUAUGCUGCACGCUUUUAUGCUGCGGAGGUCCUGCUUGCUCUUGAAUAUCUUCACAUGCUUGGAGUAGUGUAUAGAGACCUUAAACCUGAAAAUGUGUUGGUCCGAGAUGAUGGUCACAUAAUGCUAUCAGAUUUUGAUCUUUCCCUCAGAUGUGCUGUUUCACCUACUCUUAUUAGAACUUCCUAUGAUGGUGACCCUUCAAAACGUGCUGGUGGUGCAUUCUGUGUACAGCCUGCAUGUAUUGAGCCAACAUCAGCUUGCAUCCAACCUGCUUGUUUUAUUCCUCGGUUAUUUCCUCAGAAAAACAAGAAGUCACGGAAGCCAAGAGCUGAACCUGGGUUGCCUUCCAGCACACUUCCGGAGCUCGUUGCUGAGCCUACUCAAGCUCGAUCCAUGUCCUUUGUUGGCACUCAUGAGUACCUUGCCCCUGAAAUUAUCAAAGGAGAAGGUCAUGGCAGUGCAGUCGAUUGGUGGACAUUUGGAAUUUUCUUGCAUGAGCUAUUAUAUGGUAAGACCCCCUUCAAAGGGUCUGGAAACCGUGCUACACUGUUCAAUGUAGUAGGUCAGCAGCUCAGGUUUCCUGAAUCACCUGCGACCAGCUAUGCCAGCAGGGAUCUGAUCCGUGGCUUGUUAGUGAAGGAGCCACAGCAUCGUCUUGGGGUUAAAAGGGGUGCAACUGAGAUCAAACAACACCCCUUCUUUGAAGGUGUGAACUGGGCAUUGAUAAGGUGCAGUACACCGCCAGAAGUGCCAAGACCGGUGGAAAGUGAACUUCCUGGGAAGGUUGGACUGGUUGAUACUGUUCCAGUUGGUAACACUAGUAAGAGGAUAGUAGGUACUGACAUGAAGUCUGGGGGUAAAUAUCUGGACUUUGAGUUCUUUUAGUUUGGAUUCCUCAAUCUGUUUUUUUUUUUAGUGUAUUUGCCAUUAUCAGUUAUUUUCAUGGGUGCUGCGCGGCAUUACCAUGUCAUUUCAGCUUACCUACCUUUUAGUAAAAAUCCAUUUCAGUUGGAAAUAUGAUACCUCAAUUUAGGUUAGGUUCUCCUUCUCUGAUCCCUUAAUUCCUAUGGAUAAUCCUCAUGAUGUAGUGUUUCUAUACAGAAUUUAAAUACUUCUCAUGAAAAUCAUAAUCUUUUUACAUUUUUGG